AUGUCUCAAUCACUCCGCCCAUACCUCCAAGCUGUCCGGAGCAGUUUGACGGCCGCCCUCUGUCUCUCCAACUUUGCAUCCCAAACCGCCGAACGCCACAAUGUCCCCGAGGUCGAAGCGCGGACAUCUCCCGAGGUGCUCCUCACACCACUGACCGUCGCGCGUAACGAGAAUGAGCGCGUGCUCAUCGAACCGAGCAUCAACAGUAUACGAAUUAGCAUCAAGAUCAAGCAAGCCGACGAGAUCGAACACAUUUUGGUGCAUAAGUUUACCCGGUUUUUGACCCAACGCGCCGAGUCCUUCUUCAUCCUUCGCCGGAAGCCCAUUAAGGGAUACGACAUCUCGUUCUUGAUCACAAACUUCCAUACCGAGGAAAUGCUCAAACAUAAACUGGUGGACUUCAUCAUUCAGUUUAUGGAGGAAGUGGACAAAGAGAUCUCGGAGAUGAAACUAUUCUUGAAUGCGCGGGCGCGUUUUGUUGCGGAAUCCUUCUUGACACCGUUCGAUUAA